ACUCACAAAUCACAACUCGAAGAAGUCUUUCUUGAACUGUCAUUUGUAAAUCUUUCAUCUGUAUAGAAAUUUACUUUCUCCCUGUUUUGAUAUGAGGCCGUUAGCCGUCUUCGUUUUUACUGUGUGUUUACAGAUUUACAAAACUUGUCACGCUCAGGGAUUCAGCAGCAACACUAAUUAAAAUAUGUGUAACUUCCGCCACUUUCAUUUGCUAAUCAAAAAAUUCAUUAGUGAAAGAAUUUUUACUCAGAACUAAAUUGCUAGAAAACUGAACAGAAAAAAUGGAGGCAACGGAUGAGCUGGCAGUAGUUAUUCAUGGUGGAUGUCACUGUGGCAAAGUACGUUUUCAAGUUUCCACAAAAAAGGUCGUCGAUGUUUAUAACUGCAAUUGCAGUAUAUGCAGAAAAAAACAGAACCUACACUUCAUAGUUCCAGAUGCUGCUUUCAAAAUCCUUAAAGGAGAAGAUAAUUUGACAUGCUACACAUUCAAUUUGCACAAAGCAAAGCAUUUGUUCUGCAAGUCAUGUGGUGUUCAAAGUUUUUAUAAGCCUCGUUCAAAUCCAAAUGGUUAUGGCAUAAUGCCUCAUUGUAUAGAUGAAGAUGAUGCUCAGAGGCUAAAAACGAACAUGAAGUAUUUUGAUGGGGAAAAUUGGGAAAAAGCAAUUGUAGUGAAUAAAGAAAUUCUCACGAAAUCAAAUGAACCCAAUUAAUUAAGCACUGAGAAAUUUCAUUGACAAAUAGUCUGAAAUAGAUAAUGUUUCUUAGUUGCCUGAAAUGUUUUUAUGUAUGUGUGCACAAUUAAGUACUAAAAUGUAAAUCAUCAGCAAUUCAUAUAGCAAUAGAGUAAUUAGUAAUUAAUCAAAAACAUAUACUGACUUGCCGUAUGUAACUGUACAUGGGAGUUGUAGCCAUAGUAUCAUUUGGCUACUUUGGAAUACUUAAAUAUACGUGUCAGUGAGGACAUAUCUCUAUUAAUUAGAAAUAAUAAUUUUUCAAUUAUAGGCAUUAUUAUUGUCACUAA